CUCGUCUUGUUUUUGUUUAAUUGCAGCACUUAUCGGUGCUGAUUGUAGGUAUUAUUUGUGUUUUGAUAAACCGAACAGAUUCCUUUCCUUUCAACCAACACAAAGGAGCGUACGCUUGAAACCGUCUCGUUUCAUUUGUAGUGGCCCACGGCGUUGCAAACGGCCGACAAUGUUUUGCAAUGUCCCUAACCGUGGCCGAUACGACGACACCAGCUGAAACAGUACCAUCAUCAACCAGUACGGAGGAACGCAACAACAAGGGUGUGCGACAGCAACCGAUUACUCUAAUUUUGCCCACCAGCGGUAAGCUGUUUUUCGAGAAAAAACAAGAGUUCCAACUUUGCAAACCCCAGCUGCUCCCCCUGAAGUCGUUCAGUUUGGAGAAGUUGGAAAGAAUGCACCAAGAAGCGCAGCGACAGUUGCAGGAAACUCGUGCCCGAACCGCUGCUGCGAAUACCGGCCACAAAUUCUAA